AGAUAGACGAAGAGGAAAAUGUCUCAUUCAGAUUAGUUGAUGGUAAGACUGAUAUGCAGAGAGGUCUAACGCUAACUCAGUACAACAAAACCAGAAAAAAAAAAAAAAAAAACACGGCCAGGAAACAAGCGGAAGAGAAAGCCUAUGUUGGUUUAGCUCGACAACCAUGAGCAGCGACUUUCUUUGUGCUCUUCUCAUCAUCACCUUCCUGGAAUCAGGCAAAUCAAAGAGUGGUGUAUCUAUCAGUCACAGUCGAGAUGGAUAUGGCCAGAACAUUACUUGUCUCCUCUCAGGGGAUGAAAAUAUGACACAAAUCAAUUGGGAGAUGCUAAGAGGCCCGAAUCGCACCAAAUUGGGCAUGUAUCACCCACAUUUUGGAAUUUACAUAAUGCAAAAGUAUAAACCUAAAGUGAAGAUCCAGAACAAACAGACUCCUCAUCCAUCAUCAUCCCUUCUCAUUAAAGUAGCAUCAAAUGAGAGUGUGCAAAUCUGUUGUGCGUUCAUUACAUUUCCUUCGGGUAAACUUGAGCAGUGCACUGAUAUCAGUAAGAAAGAUGUCAGUAUCAACAAGCCUAUGAUAAAAGAUUUUACAUAUGUGGAACCAGAACCAAUGCUGGGAAUAUUUGGACGUUUGGGUGCAAUGAUCAUGGGAACCAUUCUUUCCCUUUUUAUCCUGACCAUCCUAUUCUACUUAUGCAGAAAAAACAGCUGUAGAAGGAGGAAGUCCUUUGAAAUAGGAACAUACUUGGCAGACGUACCGGCUGAGACAUUUGCUGAAGAAUCAGUUGAUGUACCAACUUCUCAAAGUUCUCCAGAUGGCUUUGACCCCUCAAAACUUUAUGCCAAGAUCAAAAAAGACCUUUUCUAUGGCCGGCUGUGGAAGUCUUACCAAGGCCAACCCAAAUCAUGCACACAAGGUACCAUGACUGAUCAAGGACAUGUUUAACAAAUGUUAGGACAGAGUCCCUUAUAAAUGCUAAAUGUGGAGGGCAGCCCUUUGAGGCCAGUUACAACAGAAUGAGUGCAUUUCAAUAGUUUAUACUUUCCAGUCUUUCCAGCACGCCUGAGAGGAAUCUUGUCAUUUUUGUGUAAUGUAAAAUAGCUUAAAGCAGAUUGCAAUACUUUAUGUAAAGAAAAGAGUGAAUUAUUAAUAUUAAAAGAAAUGCAUUCGUAUUUCAAUCGUUUUCAAGUUAAGAUAAAUGUUUGCAACACUGAAUAAACUUAUAAAUAAACUUUUUAUGUGAAAA